CCUUCUGAUUGCCAGUGCAGAUCGCUAGCCUCAGAGCCACCACUCCGCUCUAAUACUGAAACUAAAUGUCCGUCAUGAUAAAGCCAAUCUAACUUACUCAAUAGUGGCAAGAUUUUGUGUCUGUCUGAAUGCAGUUUGUUUUUUUCUAUUCAUGUCAUUUUAAUUUUUUCAUAGUGUGCUCACUAACUAUUUUUUUUAUUUUAUAAAACACUUUAUGCAAGCAAAGCUGAUUUUUAAAGAGUUGUGGAUCCAGUAAUAUUACCACAGUGGAUCCUGCAAAUAGAACAAUGACUAUAGAUGGACCCAGUCCUUCAACGCAGAAGCGGAGCAAAACAACGCAUUCAGGAUAUGACAAAGAUGAGAAUAUAGUGCAAACCACAAUAUACCGUAAAUUUCCUGUUGACUAUUUAUCACAAGACAAACAUGACACAAGAAGAUAUGCGUGGGUCAAAUGUGACGAAGUGUCAAAGAAGAGGCCUAAAUGCCCAACUGCUAAGGACAGCAGCUUUUAUUUUUCUUCGUUUGUAUGUUUUGAAAGUCCAGCAACAAAUGAAGAGCUAAAGUUUAACCUGAGUGGAUCCUUUAAUUCUGAUAAUUACGAAACAAAUGACAGCAAUAACCUUUCUUCUAUUCUGGACUUGUCUCAGGUCUAUCCGUUAAUGGUGGCUAAAAUAAAGGCAGCCUUCCAAAGUCAAGCAACAAUGAGUGCCGCUAAUACAGUGCAGAGGUUUUAUCGGAAACUAAUGAGCCAGAAAGUAAAAGCACGCAAGAUGGCGAUUGUGCAAUGGAGACUGAAUAACACGCUACUGAAGGAGUACUCCCUUUCAUUUUGUGCUUCCGAGUCUGUUGCUCAGCCUUUUAACACUAAGCUGAUUGCAAAUACUACUUUUAGUACGAGUCCAUCAAAAAUCGGUUUACUUCAAUGCGACAUGUCAUCAUUUAGUGUGAGCAGCAGCUCAACUGUCAAGAAGCCUUUGAUGCUUGAAGCUUCAGUCAAGCCAUUAGCUCUCACCGCCCACGCGUGCCUUUCACCAAAAGAAAAUAAAGGAAGUCCAUCAAGUCCUUUAAGAGUCCAGCAGUUGAGGAGGACACACACAGAACAGUUUAUGGAUCAGCAGCAGCCACCAUCCUCGCCAAGUAGCAGGUCUUGUCAGAUGUCCUACAGUUUUAUACUGGGAACUCCUCCAAGAGUAAAACAGCACUCCGAUUUCAAAAAGUUGGUUCAGAGGAAGUUGAGUGUUGAGUCCAGCGGUGAUUCUUUAAGUGACCUUUCAUCGUCACAGCAGAGAAGACAUUCAUUUUCAGGCUUGCUGCAGCCUUCUGAUUAUGAAGAUGUUGACAGCAAAUUUGAUUCUCUGUGCCAGAAGCUUCUUUCUCCAACACGUUUCAAGAGUUAUUUAAGUUCAUUUGAUGUCUCGGAUGUACAGAGGGGCCCGUCCAUGCUACCUGCUAUAACCCUAAACAGAAAAAACAAGAGAGGUGCAUUUUGUGACGAUGACGAUGAUAUGCUGCGAAAAAGGCAACGUAAUUAAGUGUCUGUCCCUUCAAAAUCCAACUUUCACUGUUGACUAUGCCGAUUGUCCCGGGCCGUACUGUCGGAACAAAACGAAACCACCAAUGGAAGCAGAGCAGCCAAUGUGUCCGCAGACUGACCUGACCGGUAAGAGGUUUAGUUCAUUGUGAAGUUCAUUUACUAGUUAUGGAUACUUCAGGAGUUGUAAAUGUUUGAGUUUUUGGAUGCGUUUAAUAGAAGUGUAUUGACUGGACCUGUUUGUUCUCAGUACGUUCAAGAUUUGCCAACAGAACUUGACAUCCUACUUAUUUUUCAUAUGUUAUAAAGUUGCACUUGUUAAAUGUAAUUUUUUUUGUUCAUGUAAUCAU